AUGGCGGCCGGCGGGGCCCGCCCCUCUCUCUCCGAGCAAGCCUGGCUGGAGACGGCCCAGACCUUCAUCCGAGAGACCCUGUGCCCCGUCGGCGAGGAGCCCAAUGUCCAGUUGCAGGAGAUGGUAAUUGACUGCGUGAAGACCACUUGGUUAUCCCGAGGACAGGAUCAAGGCUUCACACUGCCCCUCAGCUACAGUUUCGUCUCGGUGCGGGACCUCAGGACCCACCAGCGCCUCCCAUGCUGCAGCCAUCUGUCUUGGAGCAGUAGCUCGUAUCAGGCUUGGGCCCAAGAGGCUGGACCAGAUGGGGACCCCCUGCCCCGGGAGCGACUGCUACUUUUAGGGACACUGACAGAUCUAUCAGGGGCCUUGGACCAGGAAGGCAGGGAUGGGAUCCUCUGUGUGAAAGAUAACACUGGUCUCCUGGGCUGUGAGCUCCUAGACCUGGACCUUUCUUGGUUGGGCCACCUGUUCCUGUUCCCCAGCUGGUGUUACCUUCCUCCUGCCAAGUGGAAUUCCUCAAGGGAAGGGCACUUGGAGCUUUGGGCUGCCCCCGUGCCAGUGUUCCCCUUGACCAUCAGUCCUGGCCCUGCCACACCUGUUCCCGUCCUCUACCCAGAGAUUGCUUCCCGCCUGCUCAGGCACAGAAACAAGGUUAGAGAUGUGCGGCGAAAUCUGGCCGGGAAGCUGGUUCGACUGAGUGCUCUGGUGAACAGUCCCACGAAAACUUACUUUGUGCUGUUUCUUGGUGGUUCAUCCCCAGGUGUCAGCCCUGUGCCCAUCCUUGUGCAGGUCCCUGCCCAGCUGGUGUGGCACCGUGUUCUCCGGCCUGGUCAAUCCUAUGUGCUGACAGAGCUGCGAGUGUCCAAGAUCCAUGGUCACCAUCACUGUGUGUGGACAACCAGUCCCUCCUCCCACGUGGCGCUGCUGAAACCAGAGUGUGUGCGGGAGCUGGAGCUGGAGCUGGAGCCGGAAGGACCCCUCUUGGAGGCUGGCGACAAGCCACCACCUGUGCCCAGUGACUCUCGGGACACCAAUGAGAGGCAAGGUCUGGUCCAGGACUCAAAACUUUUAUCAUACGUGGGCACCGUCACGGGCGUGCUCAAUGAGCCCGCUGGCCUCUAUGAGCUGGAUGGGCAACUGGCGCUCUGUCUUGCCUACCAGCCAUUCCACGGAUUCCGGCGGGUGGUGCGCCCGGGAGUCUCUCUGGAGCUCAGCGAUGUGCACCUGCUGCAGUCAGUGGGAGGAGGAACAAAAAGGCCUGUGCUCGCCACCUGCCUCGGCAGCGCCGUGCUCGUUCGGGGCUUCUCUCGUCAGAACCCCAAGAUCCAGCUGGCGCGGCAAGCCCACGGGGCCUCCCUGUACAUGCAGCUCCUCUGGGAACGACAAUUAGGACUUCCCCUCUACCUGUGGGUCACCAGGGCCCUGGAGGAGCUGGCCUGCAAGCUGUGUCCCCAUGUGCUGCGGCACCGCCAGUUCCUGCAGCACUCCUCUCCCGGCAACCCCAACCUGGGGCUGCAGCUCCUGGCUCCCACCCUGGAUGCUCUAGCCCUGCCAUGCCCAUGCAGCCCCAUGCGGAACGCACACAAGGAGAUCCUUGAAGAGCCUCAUCAGUGUCCCCUCCAGAAAUACACCCGACUGCGGGCUCCCUGUGCCUUCCCCACUCUGGCCAGCCUGGAAAAGGAAGGGCAGGCCAAGGCCUGGGACUCCUUUGACCCGAAGGCCCUCCUUCCCCUCACAGAGGCUUCCCACCUCCUCAGUUGCCAGCUCAACCACCGCCUGGCUUGGUCCUGGCUCUGCCUGUUGCCCUCUGCCUUCCAGCCAACCCCGGUUUUAGUCGGAGUUCUAGUGCCAUCAUCGCAUAAAGGUUCUCUGCUGCUGCGGGACCAGAGUGGCUCCCUGUCCUGCCUGCUCCUGGACAAGCACUCGCAGCCCAUCGCUGACCCUCAGCUCAUAGGCUGCGUGGUGCGGGCGGAGAAGUUCCAGGUGAUUGUAGAGAGGGAUGUCAGAAGCAACUUCCCAUCCUGGAGGGAGCUGAGCCUGAGUGGCUUCAUCCAGCAGCAGCAGGCCAGAGUCUAUGUGCAGUUCUUUUUGGCCGAUUCCCUGGUCGUGCCUGUGCCCAGACCCGUCCAUCGCUCAAGCACCUCCUGCAGAGUUCCUCAGACAGAACCCACGGGCCAAGACAGGCCACACCAAGGACAGAGCCGGCUCUUCUGGCUUUCCCACAAGGAGGCCCUGAUGAAGCGGAACUUCUGUAUACCCCCAGGAGCCAGUGUGGUGGUGCCCAGGCCCACCCUCAGUUUCCAUGUGUCGGGGAGGUGGAUUGGGAACACCCAGAGGAAGGAGGGGACUGGAUGGGGCCCGCCUGAGCCCAAGGGUGAUGAGAACCAGGAACAAAAGGUGCUCCUCAUCUUUCUUGGCUCAUCUGUCCGCUGGUUCGAGUUCUUGCACCCGGGCAGAGUGUACCGACUUGUGGCUCCAGGCCCCCCAAUUCCGGCGUUGUUCCAGGAGGGGUCAUCCUGUGGAUCUCAGCGGCCUCUGGAGCUGGCCGGCUGCACUUCCUGCCUCACUGUCCGGGACGAGUGGACCUUGGAGCCUGGGCGCUCCCAGGAUGUCCCGGAUGUGGUGGAUAUCAAGGAGGCACUUCCCGAAUCCUCGAUUAGUGACAUCCUCAGUGACAACCUCACAGAUUCCUUGGUGUCCUUCCCAGCGGAGAUUCUGUCACGGACGCUGUGCGCGCCCUUUCCAGCCUCGCUCGGGAGAAAGCCUGGGAGCACGGGCGCUGCGAGAGGCUGUGUGAAACUCACUGUGGCCCUGCAGAUGGCCGCCCGCGACUGCCCUCUUCACCUGGCCAUCUAUAUCGAGGAGCCGCACCUGCCGCCCCCGCUCGGCCUCCUGCCAGGGGCGCGGGUCUACUUCAAACAGCUGGAGAAAAGGGUUUCCAGAUCCCACAAUGUUUACUGUCGUUUCCGGGCGUCCACCUACGUUCAGGUCCUCAGCUUUCCCCAGGAGACCACCAUCAGUACCCCCUUGCCUCACAUCUACCUGGCCGAGCUGCUGCAGGGUCGCCAGGCCCCAUUCCAGGCCACUGCCUCUUGCCAUAUUGUUUCUGUCUUCAGCCUUCAGCUCCUCUGGGCAUGUGCGUAUUGUAACCGCCUCUGCCUCCAGGGAAAGUGUACUCAUCAAGGUCCGCCUUGCCCAUCGCAGACAUCUGUAAGCCAGGCCAGAGUCAGGCUCCUGGUGGAGGAUGGGACUGCUGAAGCUGUUGUGACCUGUCGGGAUCAUCAAGUGGCCCAAGCACUAGGGCUGCAGCCUCCUGAGUGGACUGCCCUCCUCGAGUGGGUCCGAGGCCCAGGGAGAGUGGCCUUGCACUUCACAGGGCCAGGAGCCCAGCUUGAGUCCUCAGCGGGGAUCAGUGACCCCCUGACCCACUACCUCUGGACACUCUGUAACAGCCUCUCCGUCCUCCGCCCUGUGAAGCUGUCUUUUGAGCUGCAAAGGAAACCCUCCAAGAUCCUUCCAUUAGAACCUCCCCGGCUACAGCGCUUCCAUUGUGGGGACUCCCCUCUCCUGACUCGCGUGAACCCCAGACUCCAGCUGACGUGCCUCUCAGUUCAGGAGCCAGAGCCCUCUGGCUCUCUGGGGACCUUUGCUUCCACUCCAUAGCCUGGCCUGCAGAGAUGCCCUGAAAGGUGUCCCUGCCUUACUGGACAACUUAAGAACUGGAGCUUAGCUCUCUCCCGUAUUCUGUGAUUGAGCCAGGAGCCCAGAUCCUUGGAUUCACAGCUUGCUGCUACCUGACUGUCAGUUCUUCUUGGUCCCAGCAUCCCGGAGCCAAUCUGCCUGCCAUGUAGGGGAAAUUGUAGCAACAGGCAAAUCAUGGUGCUGUUCAUAUUUCCUCUGCGGAUAGGGUCAAGACACCUGUCCUCACAGGUGGCUCGGAGCUGCUGGGCCCUGCCUUCAUGGGAAGGAAACAGAAGACUUGUCCUGGCAGAGGGUGCAGGGUGCCGGACCCUUGACCUACAAUAAAACUUUCUAGUGCUCUU